UUAUUAUUUAUUUAUUUAUAUAUUCUGCCUUUGCUAGCUGCUCGGGCGGUUCUUAAUAUCGUUUCCACGGUAUUAAUACACGGUAUCAGGGAAUACUCACACUGUCUUAGUAAACUAUUUUUUUAG